CGACAGACCGGCGGACACACAGCUGUUUUCUCCCGCAGUCAGACCGUUUUUUUCUUCGGAUACUCAGCAUGUCCUCUGGCUGGUCACAGAACGACCACAGGAGCUACUCGAACCCGCCGCCGGCCGCCGGUAAACGGGCGAGGAACGACUCAGGGAACAAAGUGACGGUGGUGCUGGGAGCCCAAUGGGGAGAUGAAGGAAAGGGCAAAGUUGUGGAUUUACUGGCCACAGAGUCCGACAUCGUGGGCAGGUGUCAGGGUGGAAAUAACGCCGGCCACACUGUGGUGGUGGAGGAGAAAGAGUAUGAUUUCCAUCUUCUGCCGAGUGGAAUAAUCAACACCAACUGCACAUCAUUCAUUGGUAAUGGCGUAGUCAUUCAUCUUCCAGGAUUAUUUGAGGAGAUUGACAAGAAUGAAAAAAAAGGGCUGAAAGGAUGGGAGAAAAGACUGGUGAUCUCAGAUCGGGCUCACAUCGUGUUUGACUUUCAUCAGGCUGUGGACGGACUUCAGGAGACUCAAAGGCAAGCUCAGGAAGGCAAAAACAUAGGAACAACUAAAAAAGGCAUUGGACCCACAUAUGCCUGUAAAGCAUCUCGCACUGGCCUUCGCAUUUGUGACCUGAUGGCUGAUUUUAAUGAGUUUUCCACAAGGGUGAAGAAUCUGGUCCAGCAGUACCAGUCUAUGUACCCUGCUCUGAAAGUGGAUGUGGAGAGCGAGCUGAAGAAGCUAAAGGAAUACGCUGAGAGGAUUAGGCCACUGGUCAGAGAUGGUGUCUAUUUCAUGUAUGAUGCAAUUCAUGGGCCGCAGAAGAAAAUCUUGGUGGAGGGAGCCAACGCCGCCCUGCUUGACAUUGACUUUGGAACGUAUCCAUUUGUGACGUCGUCUAACUGCACUGUUGGUGGUGUGUGUACGGGUCUCGGCAUCCCUCCUGCAAACAUCGGCGAUGUGUAUGGAGUGUCAAAGGCCUACACUACUAGAGUUGGGAUCGGGGCCUUUCCUACAGAACAACUCAAUGCUGUUGGUGAACUGCUGCAGACCAGAGGUCAUGAGGUGGGCGUGACCACAGGCAGAAAGAGACGCUGUGGUUGGCUGGAUUUGGUCAUUCUUAAAUAUGCGCAUAUGAUUAAUGGAUUCACAGCCAUCGCUUUGACUAAACUGGACAUUCUUGAUGUUCUGGAUGAAAUUAAAGUGGGCGUGGCUUAUAAGAUCAACGGCAAGAGAAUCCCACAUUUCCCAGCCAAUCUGGAGGUGCUGCAGAAGGUGGAGGUGGAGUACGAGACGUUCCCCGGCUGGAAAUCAGACACUUCAGCAGCCAGAAAGUGGGGCGAUCUCCCUGCCAAAGCACAGAACUACAUCCGCUUCGUGGAGAACCACAUCGGUGUUCCCAUUAAAUGGGUCGGCGUCGGCAAAUCCAGAGAAUGUAUGAUCCAGAUGUUCUAGGAUUAUUACCCACAAUCCUCCAGUAACGCCUGUCUGAAGAUCAGCAGAAGAGUUUUUACUGACCCCCAUUCACUUGCCCAUCAGACUCCUUAAAGGAACAGUUCACUCAAACAUCAUAAUUCUGGCAUUUACUCUCCCUUCACGUGUCCCAAACCUUUCUUCUGUUAAACACAAGUGAAGAUAUUCUGAAGAAUGAUGAAGAAAACAACCAUUGACUUGCAUAGUAUUUUGCUUCAUGAAGCUUCAAAACAUUUACCAAUCAUUUGUUUCGAUCAGUGAUUUUAGAACACGUAUCAAAUCAAUAAAGUCACGUAAUUUCAGUAAACAAGGCUUCAUUACAUCAUCACAGUUUGUAAAUGUUUCAAAAAUUCAAUGUUUCUCCACUAGGGGGCGAUCUGUGUAAUACCAUAAAAUCCACAUGAAUCACAUAAUUCAUUCGGUUAGCCCCCUAGUGGCGAAUCACUGAACUGCUUCAUAGUUUUUAUCUGAUCUCGGGUCAGUUUUACAAGUUUUAGAUGUUUUAAUGAGACAUUUGAUGUGGAAUAAUAGUUAAUAACAGUUGAAAAGUCUCUUGUUGACCUGUUUAGUAGAGCCUAUUAUGUAACAAACAAUAAGUAAGUCUUGAAAACUGACGCAUAAAUUAUAUAGAUGAUAAAAUAAUGCAUAUUAUGCAGACACUAAAUAUGCGGUAAAGUCUAGAUCGGAUACGCGGCCGGCCGGAAGUGCGAUUAUGUACAUCAAUACAGCAGCAUUUUUAUGAAACUGUAUAACAAUAAUUAAUAUUUUUUACAGUACUGUGACGGUUGGGUUUAGGGUUGGUGUGGGGGAAGGCGUUAAAAAAUUAAAUUUAUUGGGUAAUUUAAUAGAUAAAAUAAAUAAUACUCGGUACUACUAUUGUUUUUACAUUACUAUGACGGUUGGGUUUAGGGUUGGCUUGGGGGAAGACGCUAAUUAAAUACAAUAAAUGGGAAAUUUAAUAAAUAAUAGAAAUAAUUCUCGUUAACUUCCGGCCGCAUCCACAUCCAAUCCAGCAACAACCUAAAUAUGCUCAGUGGUUAGCAUUGUGGCCUCACAGCAAGAAGGUCGCUGGUUCGAGUCCCGGCUGGACCAGUUGACAUUUCUGUGUGGAGUUUGCAUGUUCUCCCCAUGUUGGCGUGGGUUUCCUCCGGGUGCUCCGGUAUCCCCCACAGUCCAAACACAUGCGCUAUAGGGGGAAUUGAUGAACUAAAUUGGCCAUAGUGUAUGAGUGUGGGAGAAUGAGUGUGUGUGGGUGUUUCCCAGUACUGAGUUGCAGCUGAAAGGGCAUCUGCUUGUUUUUGUUGCAUUUAUAUGGUUUUGACCAGCAGGUGUCACUAGCACAUGGUGUUUUGAAUGCUUCAAAACUAUUUGUUCAAUUAUUUUGUGUUUGAGUUUGGAAAAAAAGCUUAAUUUCUCCAUCAGUAGUUGCUACUAUGAGAGUCAGUGGCUGCUUUUCCCCAACAUUAUUCAUUAGAUCUGGUUUUGUGUUCAACAGAAGAAAGAAUCGCUUGAGUAAAUGAUGAGGAAAUGUUUGGUUUUAGGUGAACUGUCUUUAAGAAGUUCUGCUUGACUUGAUAUGAGAUGUUUAUGUCCAGGCAUUAUGAGAGAAACUCACCGUGUUUACACCAGUCUUUAAAAAAAUUAUGAGAGAUUUUGGGAUUCAGCUUCACCCAAAGUGGCAUUUCUUUAUGUUUUAUUGCGUUUGUUGUUUCAUGUGAGACACAUAAACUGAACUCCCCGAA